GUCAUUGUGUCACGAAAUCGAGCGUGCGCAGAUUUCAAUGUGUUUCAGACCUUGGGUAUGGUGUACCUUCCUAAUUUUGAAAAUACAAUAGCAAAGAAAGUGACGAAAAUGCUCUUUUCGUGGAUUCUCGUUGUCACGGUUGCAAGGUAUGUAAUGUGCUCCAGCCAUCACAUUCGGUGUGGUGAAAAGGAGUAUGAACAUCAGGGCAUCUGCUGUCCAAUGUGUAAGCCUGGUCACCGAGUAAGGGGACAUUGCACACAGAGUAGUGGCACGGAAUGCUAUCCGUGUACUGACAAAACCUUUCAUGCUGAUUUCAAUGGAGAUGAUGAUUGUAAGUCAUGCAGGUCUUGUGGAGAAGGGACCUUUCCAAUUGUAGCAUGUACAAGUAUUCGUGACACAAUUUGUGACUGCUUGGAAGGUUUCCACUGCGAAAGCAUCACUGUCGAUGGCUGUGAGCGAUGUUCAAAGCACAGUACCUGUCCACCAGGGGAGGAGGUGGUGAGCAGAGGAGCUUACAGAAAAAACACCGUGUGCCGCCGUAAACAAAUUGGAAAUGCUUUAUCUGAAGAAUCAACUACAGAAUCACCCAAAGAAGGGACAGAAAUGCCUGUGCCUGGACAGACAGGGGAUACAUCUGGAUGCGUUUCCGACAUCUACGUUAUAAUCCUUGCAGUGCUGUUGGUUAUUCUGUUAGGAAUACUUUUGUUCCUGAUAAGGAAAUCCUUGACCACUUGCUUCCAUUCAGCUAUCCCAUGGUAUUCAAAGCAGCAGAAGACUAAGGGAAAGGAUGCAGUCAUCCAGCGACCUGUGCAAGAGCAGGGCCACGAACUGUAUUUGCCAGUUUCAGUAGAAGAGAAGUCAAUGGAUAAUUCCUCAACUUGUACCAAGCUAAUCUACGACUUUACAGAAAGCAAAAUGACAAACUGUGCCCCACGAGAAAUGAAAGAUGUGGUUUUACCUGAGCGACAAUAUCCAGAUUUUGGAGUGGCAAUGUCAACAAAAAGCUCUGUGGAAAAAUUUUAAGAUGCUGAAGAUUUCCAAUGAAGGAUAAAUGGAAUCUUCCAGGAUGAAUUGCUGCUGGCAGCUCGUUUUCCCAGUUGAGCUUGCAAAAAACAAUUUACAAUUUUUUUAAUUCCAUGAUUAAAUUUAAAUUUUCUGGUUGCUGUUUUGGUGAAUCCAAGGGGCAUUAGAUUCAGGAUUUUGGGAUUGUGUAUAUAUCUUUAAAACAAAUCAUAUUCCCAUGUGGUUCCAAGCAUUACCGACUAUUACUUGUUUGUUAUCUUUUUGGUGGUGGGGAAAUCUCAAAAGUAACUUUCUACAUUGUGCUUUGCUUUCUCUUAUUUUCAAGUUCUUCUGCAAUCAAAUGGCAGUGUGGUUUAGACAGGCUUUUAGUGUUCUCUUUAUUUUGUUCCAAAAUAUAACUCCCUCUUUCUUAAUGCAAAAGCUACCUAGAUUUUUUUUUCUAUCUGACUCGGCUUUUAGUUUUGGAAAUGAUUUAUCUCCUUUUGAACUUCGAGGACAUUUUGCCUUAUGACAGCUGAGCUGCAGUGUCGAGAAAGCACUUCAGUGAUACCCUCAAGGUCUCACUAGCAAAGUGUGGUAUUCCAACAAACACCGGGGAAUCAUGGCCCAAGACACAAGUGGAGGAGGUGCAUCUGGGAUGGUGCCGAGCACCUUGAGACUUGCCAUCUGGGGGGAAGAAAUGAAACCCAGGUGAAAACAGUGAAUGUGCUGUCACACCUCCUUCUCAUGACCACCACCUGCCCCAAGUGUAACAACCUGCAUAGCCGCAUGGGUUUGUACAGCUACCCACUGACUCCUUCUGAGAGUGGAAGGAACUUAUCCUCAUGUGUGAGGGACUGCUGGUGUUAAAAGCUGUAAGUGCCAGGGCAUCAAAAAUUUGGAACCUGCUAAUAGACCAUUCCUCUCCGGAAGAAACAAAAGACAGAAAAACGAAAUAAAAAAAUUCUAACCAGAAAAUACCUAGUUCCAUCUAUCAAUUAUUGAAUGAAAGGACAACAGCAUGUUAUCAGUGCGCUUUUUAAAAAAAAAGUAGAAAAAAAUUUAACCCACUAUUGAAAUCAGGAAUUGUAAUAAUAGUGCUUGAGCUUGUGUGUGCUAGGGAUUUUGAAGGGGUAUAGUUUUAAAAUGUAUAAAUGAGAAAUCCUCUAUUUUCAACUUCUUGCUAAAGCCAUGCAUGUUACAAUAAUUAUUUUAUGAAAUGAUUUGUUACUUUGUUUUCUUCAGAACUGGUGCAGUUCUGAGGAGUCAUUAGAUAUGAAGUGUUCAUGUUUUCUCUCUCCACAGGUGCUGCCAGACCUGCUGAGUUCUCCUGCACUCAGUGUUUGUUACAUAUACACUCCACCCCUGGUUACAGACCACACCUGGAGAAGGUCUCCAUACUUAGCAAGGAGUUAUUGGCCUUGAAGUUUGCACUGCAGAGAUAUUUGAUUUCAAAGGUUAAAAUAGGAGAAUAAACAAAUCAGGGUUGUAAAAUCUAGAAUUCAGAAGAUUAAAAGGUGAUUUUGAUCAUCAUUUAAGGAUGUGAAAGGGAAUAUGUGGCAGAGAUACGAUUUCUGCUAUUUGGAGAUUCUCGGACUGGGAAUGGAGGUGAUGGGCUGAGGGCAGGGACCAUAGCCAUGCAUGUGGAACCAGACCUUUUCUGAAGUGAAAUUAAGGAAUAUUCUACAGACCAAGGAAGACAGAAGGUUGUAGAUAAGUGUAGAGCUUGGAGGUACUCUUUUCUAUAGAUAAUAACUAAUUGAGCGUUAGUUAUUAAGUUUUAAAUCUGAACUGACAAAUUUCUGUUAACAAAAGAUGUUAAGGGAUAUGGGGCAAAAGUGGAAAGGUGGUGUUACAGCAGUCAUAAUUUGUUGAGUGAUCUAUUUCUAUGUUCAACUGACAAUUAAACAUUAAGGAAAAAAGCUAGCUUGUGGGAAAAAUGUUCACAUCAAUGUGUUAAACAUGUGAGAAUUGCAGAAAAAUCUGCCAGUCCUAUAUGCAGUUACAGCAUUGCAGGUUUGAGUUCAGCUAUUCUUUUUCAGUAGUAUCUUCAGUUUAAUGCAAAAAUAUGGGCAUCAGUCAUGGAUAUAUCCUUUAUUUUAAUUCAAAAUAUACAACAUUUAAGGCUCAUUUAAAAUAUUUUACAAAAGUAUUCUUCUCUUUGACUUUGGUCAUUAAUUGCCUUUUUGAAGAAAAUCAAAUUGUGCAGAACUAAUGGGGCAUUCCUUGUGAGCCAGAAUGGAGUGAAGUUUGAGAGCAGUUGCUCCCUCCUUUUCGCGGUUCCUCCAGCAUUUGAGCAUUUCAAAUCUCUGCAUGACAACCAACAGAUGCUGAGAUUCACACUGCUCAAUUUCAUAGCUUUGCAGACCUAGGAAUUGGAUUCCAAUUUGCUGCCAAUUACGGCCCAUGUUUUCAGCCAGUUGCAUUAGUUUUUGGUCUGUUAAUAUCUUUGGCUCCAUCUCUGCAAAAAAAAAUUCGAAUGAAACAUUUGGCCAGAGGAGGUUUAACUAAAUGUCAGUGAAUAUCUCUCAAAAGUCUCUCACCCCCACUAGCAAUUUUACUGUCCAGUAAAUCCUGCUGGAAAGUGCCCAUGUAUGUAUGCUGUUGAUGAAAGUUUUUUUGAUGGUGGACUUUGCUGAUCACAAAAGUUAAUAUGCUAGUGAUGUAUUAUCUUCCAAAGUCAGCUGUAAGUACGAGUGGAAUUUACACACACUCAACUAGGAUCCAUUUUUUAUGGUCAUUGAUGGGUCAGGCCUCCUGUCCUACAGAACUAAUGGUAUGUACCCAGGGCCACUUGUCAACUGUACAGCAGGAUCAUCCUCUGCUACAACAGAAAGGAAGUAGCCACAUUUGAAACAGGGUUGGUGAGGAGAUACCAGGCCAACUUCACCACAUUUGACCAAUUUAGCACAUUCUGCCAAUAGGGACCAAGGCAGAAAACAAGAGCAGGUCAACAAGCCUGUCAGUCAGUUAGUGCUUACUGGGAUAGUGGUGGAAGUUGGGCAAGCAAAACCCAUAUGAGGCAAUGGCCCCGAAGUUCUGUAGAUUUAUUGCCAGAUGUGGCAUUAUUUAUAGGAUGAACAAAAAGCAACAGCUGAGAACUGUUUGUGCAUUAGUACAAGGAGACCAUUGUUGUCUUGUAUCUUCCAUAUCCUGUUUGAAACAUUCCAUACAACUGUAAUUUUGAAGGAAUUCUUGAGUGAGAUUUUACAUACUGUUUUUCUUUGACAUGAUGACUUCAUUGUCCAAAGGUUCAGACAGAACUCCAUCACAUUCACAGCCCUCCAGUCUCUCUCUCUUCCUCUGGACUAUGUAAAGGAGCAAGAUAUUAGAAUUCAAGUCUGGAGAACUCCAAAACAGCUGACUCAUUUCUAUGAAGGUUCCCCUGAACCCAACAUAAGGUCCAGAUGACUUCUAAAUUAAUUCUCUGAAAAUUUCAGGAGGUUAUUGUUAAAAGGGUCGAUCAGAGACAAUUUACAUCUGCCAGAUAUUUUUGGAUAUUAAGGCAUUCAAGGAACAUGGACCCAGUGAGGACUGUGAUUUGGUUUAGUAACUUAUCAUCUUGAAAAUGUUAAGUGAAACUGAUAAACAGAAACUGGAGUGUG